AAAUCCUCGCGUACGGGUCCGCGCAAUCGCGCCGGGGUUCUUCCGUGGGGCGCCCCGCCCCCUUCUCUGACUGGCUGCCUCACACCAACACCCGCCCUGCUUCGCUGUUGACAGACCCCGGAGUCGAAGCGGUCGGAGGCCUUUACGACUGUGGAAUGCCGGAAAGUGCGUGAGUGCGGCAGCCGGGACGUUUUAUUGUUUUCCAGAUGCCGGGGUCUGGAGGCGGUGAAGUAUGGUCUGGGCAGGGACUACCGGGUGUGGCAUAGGGUUUCUGAACGUCUUCUGACGUUGACAGUCUCUCUUCCUCCCUAGGAGUGUGUUGGGGCCGGUCUUUCUGUGAGGGGUUUCCAGAAGGAAGGGAGACGCCGGCUACGCGAUUGGGUAUGUUAUGUAUAAAAGUGGAUACUUUCCAUAAUAAAUGAAAAUGGCCAAUUCUUUAAGAGGAGAAGUACUGAAUCUUUAUAAAAAUCUGCUGUAUCUUGGACGAGACUAUCCAAAAGGAGCAGACUAUUUUAAAAGGCGUCUGAAGAAUGUUUUCCUUAAAAACAAAGAUGUGAAGGACCCAGAGAAGAUCAAAGAACUUAUUGGACGGGGCGAAUUUGUAAUGAAAGAGCUAGAAGCCUUAUACUUCCUUAGGAAAUACAGAGCAAUGAAACAACGCUAUUACUCAGAUAUCAACAAAACUAACUGAUCGCUAUUACUAUAAUUUGACUGGAAUUCAGUGCCAGCUGUUUAUGUAUACCAGAUAUGAUAAAAGUAACUAACUUAAAAUGGCAAGAUUUACACGUCAUGUAAAAAAAAUGCCUGAGCUGCCUUAAUGAACUAAAAUAGGUUUCAACUUCUGUUCACAGAGCUUUAUCAGCAAUCCUUAAUGUUUAAUUUUUAUAUAAAACCAGCAAUAUAGCCAACUACAAAUUAAAAAUUAAUGAGUACCCAAUUUUGAAUGAAAAUAUAAUGUACUUAAAAUAAUUUUAUUAAGUUUUACCAAUUAUUCUUAGCCCAUUUCUCCAUUUUACUGACAAGAGAAUGCCAUUUAAUGCAUGUAACUAAGCAAAAUAAUUUAUUGCACAUUAAUUUCCCUUAACUUUUGAAGGAGUACCAUCUUAUUUCCUUAUUUUUGAACCUAUUUGGUACAUUAAUAGCACACAUUCAAGGUUCACUACAAAACAAAUAGCACAUGGUAAUGAUUUAAGUGCAGUUAUAGAAAUAAUAUGUAUGGAGUAAGAUUAUUUCUGAUCUUGAAGUAGGCUGCCAGGGAUUGGCAUUAUAUACAUACCUAUUUAAUAUCUUCCAUUAUUAAUUUUGCUUCUGGCUCCCUUUGGGUCUUAAAACAAGUCACCUGUUGUGUAUCAAUUACCUUUACUGAUAAAAAGUAAUAAAUAAUGUUAUUCAGUUCUUUCAUCA